AAUAAUAUUAAACGAUGUGUUUACAGAACAUAUAUUUACUGUUAGUGCUUCUGUAUUAUGCGCAGGCUGAACUCUUCACUGCUAAACCAAAGGAUGUCGAAGAAUUUGAAGGGCAAAUUGCAACAUUGAAAUGUUUCUUAGGAGAAUUUAUCGAAGCAAAAUAUGUCGUGUCCUGGUGGAAAGCAGGAUCAAAACUAACUGAACAAAAUGAGGUGGUAACUAUGGAUGAACGUAUGACCGUAAACUUAGACGAACUUCCCUAUCCCGGAGCGUUUUCGUAUUCUUUACUAAUAACAAAUAUAUUGCUUAAAGAUGAAGGGGGGUAUCACUGUCAAAUUGAUCGAACACCUCCCAUCACCUCUGGAAUAGCACGUCUCACAGUGUUACAGGUUCCGUCUGUAGAAUAUCCGAAAUGUACCAAGUCAGCUAACAGUUAUAUUGUAGGAUCACAGGUAAAAUUAACAUGUACAUGUGAAUUAUUAAGUCCGCCAGUAAACUUAGUAUGGAGUCGUGAAGGUAGUUUUAUUUUACCAAUGGAUAUACAAACUGAAGAGUUAGAAGAUUUUGUAUAUAAACAUUAUAUAUUUACAGCACAAAAAGAUGAUAACGAUGCUACCUUUAUGUGUCAACAAAAAACGAAAAUUAUCCCAAAAAUACAAAAUUGUACAAUUAGAAAUUUAAAUAUACAAUAUCGUCCAGAAGUUAAAAUACAACACACAAGUGCAUUAUUUGCGAAAAUUGACUCCAUUUUAUUCUGUCAAUCAUUUGCUAAUCCCCCAGUUACCGGAUUCAAGUGGACAUUUACACCAGUAUUAAACGCUUAUGAAUAUAUAACUGAUGGGCAAGUAUUGACACUUACAAAACUAUCAAUGGAUAGAAAUGGAACAAGAAUCACUUGUUCUGCAGAAAACAAAAUCGGUAUUGGAAGAAAUACAAUGACGUUACACAUGACAAAAGAAAUAAGGCGCAAUGAUAAUAUUCAGAAAAACGAUAAUGACUUAGAAAUUUCACCUGAAGCAGAAGAAAAUAAUUUGGAUAUAUAUGGAAAGGACAACCCCAGUAUAUCACUAUACGUUGUCAUAAUAAUUAUUAUAUUAGUCGUCAUCAUUGUUGUGGUUGUUGUCAUCAUUCCUGUUUAUUAUCAAUGCUUCUGUAAAACAAGGACUACUAUUAAUACUUCAGGUAGGGAGAUUUAUCAGCCUACUGUGUACUAUGAUCCCAGAGAUCGUUCUUCAAAUAGUGGUCUCUAUGAUCGAUCUUUACCUCGUUUACCGAACACAGGCCACUAUGGUCACUGGAGACACUCGUUUGCAUCUCAAGUUCCUGAAGAUCUUGACCAGCAAGGAUAUAUGUACAUAGAGGAGAGAAAUGGUCAGAAUACACUUUAGAAAC